CCUUGCUCCCUGUGCCAGUGUUCUGGCACUGUAAGGAAAUUGUCGGCCUCGCUGCUGCAGUGCUCUGGCUCUCUGGAUGCCCCAGCACAUUCCCAAGUGGCAUCACCACUGCUUUCGACAUGAGUCUACUACGAACCAGUGAAGACAUGAGGGGACAGAACAUACCAGCUCUUACCAUCUAUUUAUUUUACAUCAGUGCUACACUUUGGGGUUUUACAGAACAGGAAGAAGUUACAGGGCUGUUUUCUGAGGAUUGCAUCCUUCCUUGUUCUUUCCCACGGGGGCAUGAUGUUGUAAUUCACUGGAGUAAAGGAGGAAAAACUGUGCACUCCUACUACCACCAGAAGGAUCAGCUGGCAGAUAGCUCAGAAUACAUUAACAGAACACAGCUUUUCCAUGAGAACAUCACUAGUGGAAAUGCUUCCUUGAAAAUUUGUAACCUGACCGUGACUGAUGAGGGCACUUAUGGAUGUUAUGUGGGAACAAAAGAAACUCAUACGAACCAGAACGUCACACUACGUGUAAAAGUCUCCUCUUAUUAUGCACUGGAAUACCAAAAGACAGACACAGAAAGGAAACUGAAGUGUUAUGCCUUUCUCACUUAUCCAGCACCAAAUAUAUCUUGGGUACAAGGCAAUGUAUCCAUCCAAGAAAUAGAUCGUGAGGAAACCAGGGAUGGAGUCCUCUAUUCUCUUAGAAGUGACCAGAACAUUAUAAACACAAGAGCAGAUCCUUACUACUGUCAUAUUCAUGCCCAUCGUUUAAACUGGAUUGCUGAAUGGAAGAUGCAAGACCAACUGUCUCAUACAGAAGGAAGUGACACCGUAAUUCCUUGUGAAUACAGCAAUAACUCUGCGAACACUGAAGGUGUCUAUGUUGUUUGGAAAUUAAACAGAAAUUCAGUGACUUCAGUCGUGGCCUCCUUCAAUGGUACAUCCCACUCUUACCAGCCUCGAGCUCAGAUAAACAGAAGUGACUUUUCACUGAUCCUGCAUCAUCUUACUGCAGCUGACAGUGGAGAAUAUCUGUGUAAUAUUUCAACACCUCACUACACAAAAGUCAUUGUGACAACUUUGCAAGUUGGUAACACCUGGAAUACUGUGCUAGCUCCUACUGUGGUAGGAGCAGUGUUCCUAGUUGCAGUGGGACUGGUAGCAGCAUACUGUCUUCGUAGUAAGAAAUGCAGAAGGACAGGAAUCCUGUGAGCAUCAUAAGGUACGAGAAGAAAAUGCUUCUCUGCGCACAGGUGCAAUUGAAAUUGUUGAUGAACAGAGUUCCUUCACCUUCCCCUUUCAGUUACAGCAAGAGAGCCACAUGGAAAUGUGAUUCUCUGAGCAACAGCAACAAACAAAGGAAGUGAUAGGAGGAAAAAAAAAGUCAAUCGAUGCUUGUAUUCGAGAAGCUGGCAUGAGAGAUUGGAACUUGGAUUUCCCAAAGGAACAAAGAAUUUUCCACAGAAGAAGAAAUCUCUAAGUUUUGAGGGAUUUUUUUUUCAGUGUUAGGGAAAGAGAAGGCUUACUGUUUUUCAUUUCAUUUAGUAUUUGUCCUGGGUUACACAAAGACUCUGGUAUCCACCUUCUCUCUUUUCCCCAAAUACGCCUACUAAUUUAGAUUAUGGGGAGGGACUUAAGAUAAGGGGGUACUCUAUUAUCCUAGGAGAAGAAUGUAUCCACAGUUGUGAAAAGACUGGAAUGCUGAUGACUCAGACAAUCCAGGUGUGCACACCUGCCAUCUCAGGCUACAGGGCUGGAUGUUUCUUUGUCCUCUCACAAACCUGUGAUAACUUGGAGCUCGAGCUUGGGGAGGCAUCAGGACAAAUCACGCACAUGGCCUGAAGAUAUUCAUCUCUGCUGAUGGCCAUAAUGGAUCCGCCUGUGCUGACACAACAGGCAGCCUUAACAUCUUAAAAGAUGUCAAAGGUUCUCCUGUAAACCCACCAAGGCAAGUGCUGUGUGCUGACAGUGGUGGAGAGAACCAGUGGAUGGCUGGAGAUGCACCCUGCACCUCACUCCACUGCCCAGAACACUUUCUUGGGCCUUGAAAGUCAAAUCCUGUGGGGACAUGGCACCCCAGAAACAACAGCUACUUUAGCAAUCUGCAUAUGACAUACGUGAGGCUGUGAAGCAUUACUGGAUUUGCCCUUGGUUUUGAUUUUGUCAGAGAUCUGCCAAUUAGGAUUUGUUCCAGCAUAAUGAAGUGGGCUGCUGGCAAGAUGUAAUCUUUUAUUGAUCCCUGAGGCUUGGCAAAAUAGAAACACAAAUAAAUGAAUGAAAUACGCUGUAAAGUCUGUUUGGAUUUUCACUUGAUGUUUAUUUCUGUAAGUGCUUAUUUUUUUUCUACAUCUGCUU